AAAUUUCAUAAGGCAAUCCAGUGUCCACUCAGUUAGCCUAGUUAAAAUGUCGCAAUCUUUCUUCCCUUCUGUAUAAUCGAGGCCUAAAUGCGUGUUGUCACAGGCAGUGUUAUUGGUUGACAAAAUCAUUCUGUUACAACUGUCAACAGUUCUGAAUGCGAUGAGAAAAUUAUAACAAUUGAUGAAUCGACGAUGAGCAGCUACUCGGCAAAAAUGAAGAGAAUUAGAGCAAAAUCGAAAUGUCCAAAUCCGCUUUUUGAAAAGUGGCUUGAGGAGUGGAAAGAGGAUGCAGCAUCACAGGGUUCACAGAUGCAGUAUUGUUUUAUAAAGGCUUUGUCUUCUCUAAGAAAAUGUCCGCUACGUUUAGAGACAGGCAGAGAUUGUAAAAUACUACAGUAUUUUGGGGAUAAACUAUGCAUUAUGUUGGACAAAAAAUUGACCGAAUACAAAACUAAGGGCUUGUGUACAGCUGCUAACAGCAUAAAGCCAGCCAAUCAGUUCCAAGAUCCAAAUGACUGUGAUGUGAACAAUACUGACGAUUAUCUAGGACAUAGAGCACGGCAAACUCCGAAUAAAAGAGAAAAAAAACCCAACGGCGGUGAACCACAACCAGCAAAAAAAACAAGAAAACUAAAGGACAAUAGUGACACAGCUCGGGCUAUAGAAAAUGGAGUGAAAACUAAUUCUAAGAACAAUUCCUACAUACCUGCGUGGAGAUCUGGAGGAUAUGCAAUACUGUUAACAUUUUAUGAAAAGAUGCAGAAUCCAGAUUUCAUAGGAUAUAUGAACAAGGCUGAUCUUCAGGCCGCUGCUCAACGUUACUGUGAUAAUUCUUUAAGUAAACCAGAACCUGGUAGCUACUAUUCCGCGUGGGCCUCUAUGACUACUUUAAUACAAAAAGGGCUCGUCAUUAAAAGCAGCAACCCUGCAAAAUACCGUCUAACAGAUGAUGGGUACACAGCAGCAGUUCAGCUGUCCGAAAUUGACGAAAACCAUCCUGCUUUUAACAACCCGUUUCCAUGUUCAAGUGCAGAAAGAAAUGGCGAUGUUAGGAUCUUGUCACCUGCGAAAAGUUGUAGUUCUGCUAACUCGGAAUUGCACAGUCCAGAAGUAAACGAGCCAGUUUACGAGAUAAACUCUCGCUCAAAUUCUCCAAUUGAAAUCGAAAAUCGAAGAAAUGAAGUUGCGUGCAGCAGUGCUGUAAGCUUGGCUAGGGAAUUGGACGUUUAUUCUGCGGGUCAGAUAAAGGAAUCAGCUAAUUUACUGAAUAAUGGAGAAAAAUGUAAACAGGGAAGUGUGAGCUCGAGCUUUGAGACAGUCAUUCUUGCACCGAAUACUUUUGAUGUGAUUUUAUUAGUUGACGACCGCGAAAUAGCUGGUGGUAAGGUGCAACCCAAGGACGACAUAACACUCGCAGAGUUAACGAGAGCAGAAGUCAGAUUUGAAGUUCGAAAUUUAAAACUUGGGGAUUUUACUUGGAUAGCAAGAUGCAAAAGUUCUGGCUUCGAGCUGAUCUUGCCCCAUAUAGUAGAGAGAAAACGGAUGGAUGAUUUUAGUGGCAGUAUUAGGGAUGGAAGAUAUCAAGAGCAAAAGUUUAGAUUGAAGAGAUCUGGUAUUGAUAAUAUAAUUUAUCUAGUAGAGAAUCAUGGCAAUAAUCAACACUCCCUACUACCUUUGCAAACUCUGUUUCAAGCAGCGACUAACACAUUGAUUCAGGACGGAUUUGCCGUGAAGUACACUAAUAGUCAUAAAGACUCAAUGUUUUACUUGGCCUCCCUAACACUGAUGCUCAAUAAAAUUUAUCAGAAAAAAACUCUCAUCGGGUGUAACAAGGACGACCUAACGUCUUCCAAUAUACUCUCAAACGAAACACGACUUAUGUUCUUUAAAGAUUUUAACAAAGCAGUCGCCAAAGUAAAGAAUUUCAAAUUGAGCGAAAUGUUCAUCCGACAAUUGGUUCAAUUGAGAGGUAUGUCUGUCGAGAAAGCUAUGGCGAUCGUUGAGUUUUAUCCAACGCCAUUCGCGCUAAAGAAAGCCUACAACGACGCGGGUUCUAGCGGAGAAAACUUACUAGCUUCAAUACUGUUUGGAAGAACCCAACGCCAGCUAGGACCUGUGCUAAGUAGAACUAUGCAUCAAUUUUACACGAAAAAAAGUUUUUGAAAGACUUGGAAUAUAAGAGCUUUGGUUGCCUUAUGAAAAUCUUUACGAAAAUCUUUACUUGUAUAUACGAAAAGACAUUUCAAGACCAAUGUUCGAUGGUAGUUUCACUUCAGCAUUCGUUAUAUAAAACAAUUUUAUCAUGACAGAACUGUAUGGAGACUAAUUAAAAGACUUUUUUU